AUGAAUUCUAGAAAAGACUAUGUGAGCUUCAAGAAAAGACUGGUCAAAGAGGCUAGACGAUGGUCAAAGAGGUUGGACGACGCUCUUUGGGCAUAUAGGACAGCCUUCAAAACACCAAUUGGGAUGACCCCAUAUCAGCUGGUGUAUGGGAAGGCAUGUCACCUACCUUUUGAGCUUGAACACAAAGCCUUUUGGGCACUAAAGUUACUAAAUUUUGAUAGUAAUGCUGCUGAGGAGAAAAGGAUCUUGCAACUGCAAGAAUUAGCAGAAAUCAAAUCUCAAGCAUAUGAAAAUGCCAAAAUCUACAAGGAGAAGGCAAAGAAAUGUCACGAUCAAAAGCUUGCAAGAAGAGAGUUUAUAGAAGGUCAAAAGGUGCUGCUAUACAAUUCAAAGCUCAAGUUAUUCCCAGGGAAUCUUAAGUCAAGAUGGUCUGGACCCUUCACAAUCCUCAAGGCGUCUCCCUAUGGGCAUGUAGAGCUUAUGGAGGAUAAGACACAAAGGACUUUUACUGUCAAUGGACACAGGCUAAAGCACUACUUGGGAGAUUCACUGGAUGAGCAGAGAGUGUGCUACAACCUCAACUAA